AUUAGGCAUAGAAGCAAAAGGAAGCUAUUAUUUUCUUCGUAUUUAUUGUUUUAUUUUAUUCGCGUAGAGAUAGUGUCAUUAUUUAAGUUUUAUCCGCUUAUUGUUUGUAUUUCCAACAUAUAAAUGUGUAAUUACAUAAUCAAAAUGCCUUAAACUGGAUAAGAUGCUUCUCGGUGACAUCGAGCUAACCAAACGCUUGUUAGUGAUUGCUGUCGUUCUCGGCAUUAUUUUGGUUUUGAAGGAAUACGUAUUUGUUUAUCCACUAUGACCCAACAUAAAGUAGCAUAUUUUUACAACGCGGACGUGGGGAACUUCCACUAUGGACCAGGGCACCCUAUGAAACCGCAUCGGUUGUCGGUGACUCAUAGUUUGGUGCUGAAUUAUGGCUUGCAUAAAAAGAUGCAGAUAUACAAGCCGUAUAGAGCGAGCGCCCAUGACAUGUGUCGCUUCCACAGCGAGGAUUAUAUUGAGUUCUUGCAAAAUGUGACCCCACAGAAUAUACAAAGUUAUUCCAAAGACUUACUGCAUUACAAUGUGGGUGAUGAUUGUCCUGUGUUUGAAGGACUGUUUGAUUUCUGCUCAAUGUACACGGGGGCUUCACUAGAGGGUGCCAUGAAGCUCAACAAUAAUGCCUGUGACAUUGCCAUCAACUGGUCUGGAGGUCUGCAUCAUGCUAAGAAGUUUGAGCCUUCUGGUUUCUGCUACGUAAAUGACAUAGUAAUAGCGAUACUAGAGUUACUGAAAUAUCACCCGAGGGUGUUAUACAUAGACAUUGACGUCCACCAUGGUGAUGGUGUUCAAGAAGCCUUCUACCUAACUGACAGAGUGAUGACAGUCAGUUUCCAUAAGUACGGGAACUACUUCUUCCCUGGAACUGGGGAUAUGUAUGAAAUUGGAGCUGAAAGUGGAAGGUACUAUUCUGUUAAUGUGCCACUAAAGGAAGGGAUUGAUGAUCAGAGUUAUGUUCAGGUGUUCAAACCAGUAAUAUCCAACGUGAUGGAGUUCUACCGUCCAACAGCGAUAGUGUUACAAUGCGGUGCCGACUCACUAGCGGGUGACAGGCUUGGGUGUUUCUCGCUAUCCACGCGGGGGCACGGAGAAUGUGUCAAGUUUGUCAAGAACUUAAAUGUGCCCACUUUAGUAGUGGGAGGGGGAGGUUACACACUAAGGAACGUGGCGCGGUGCUGGACAUAUGAAACCUCACUUCUAGUCGAUGAGAAUAUAUCAAAUGAGUUGCCUUACACGGAGUAUUUAGAAUUUUUCGCGCCGGACUUCCAAUUGCAUCCAGAAAUCAAUAGCACAAAUAAUGCAAACAGCAAACAGUAUUUGGAAGCGAUCUCAAAACACGUGUAUGACAACCUCAAGAUGUGCCAGCACUCACCUGCUGUUCAAAUGACGCAUGUACCAGGAGACUUCUUCCCCGAAGAGUACAGAAUAAAGGAUGAACCUGAUCCAGAUGUAAGGAUCAGUCAAGAGGAGGCUGACAAGAUGGUAGACGCUAAGAAUGAGUUCUAUGAGGAUGAGAAAGACAAUGAUAAGGAACCAGUGGUUGAAAACAAGGAUCCAUAGCAUACAAAUGGCCUGACUGACCCGCUGGCCAUAUGACAAGAAAAGGGUUACAGAAGAUACAGAAAAAAGUUUCUGUGAGUGAAGUGUAAAGAGUGAAUGAAUGACAAAGUGAUUUAGUUCAAUUAUUCUGACAGUUAGUGACUGUUUCUUUUUAAGUUGGUUGUCUAUGGUGUUUUUAACCCUUCCCUUGCAGUUUUUCUUUGUAAUAUUUCGAUGAUUUUUUGGACAUGAACUAUGGAAUUGACAAUGAUUAUUUCUUACUCAAAUGAAAUAAUUUAUUUAUAUGAUAACAGUUAGUAUGUAUAGACUAUAAGUGAAGGGUUGAUGAUUUUAUUUGGAUUCCUGUACAAUUUCUUGUUAACCCAAUUAAUUUCAGACAGGAACAGUAAUAUUUUAGUUUAAAACAACUAGAUAUUAUAAUCUGAUAAAUAAAACGUAAUCAGUUUCAAUGAGGGAAAAUAGCUCAAAUUAUGUUGACGUUUAAUGGAACUGUCAUCAAUAAUAAUAAUUAAGUAGAUAGAAAAAUGCAUUAUAAAAAUUAUUUAUGCAAUUUAGUGUUAAAUAUCAAAAUCUACACAGUACAGUCAAUAGCGCAUCUUGGCCCUGACACUCCCAACUAUCAGAUUUCUAAAAAAGUAUGUCUUCUUAACAGCCAAAAGACCAGGUGUCCUCUCUCACCCACCUCCAUUAUAGACCUUAUUUACAAUAUUUAGAGAUUACUUUUGUAUGAACAGGUUACAUAAUGUGAUCUUCCUAAAGAGGUUUUACUACCUUAUUGGUCGAGGUGUCUCGAAGAUUUUCGAGACAGAAAAAGUAUUAUGCCUGGAGAAUUAAUCGGAAACUUUCAGCAGUCAUAUGGAGUGUUAAAUAAUGUAUCAUGUAUGGGAUAUGAAAGAAAAUAUUGUAAAAUAUACAAGCAUUUUUUGACGUCAUAUUUAAGUAUUAGCUGUAUUUAGAAGAAUAAACGUCAAGGUAAAUAGGUAUUGUUCAACUGAGAACAUUUUAAUUGGAUCCUGCAAAAGUAAUAUUUUUACAGGCUAUAAACUAAAGUAAGAACAGAUACGUACAUAAUAUUCUUGGGAUGUUAGAACUGGAGCACCUCACUGUAUAGCACGGCAUAUUGUGCCGCGGCUUGCCAUGGUAUCCCCUGGUAGCCACUCUUGCCAUGAAUGUUGUAUAAGUUACAAUCUUAUUUCAACUACCUUAACAAUCAUAAUUCUUUGAGACAAAGUACCUAGUACUCAUACAUCUCGCCAGAUACAAUGGUCCGCUGCGGCAACAGUGGAAUGAAACUGCAUGCCAUAUGCCAUAGCGCGUCGCGGCAUCGGGUAUCGAAAUAAAGGUAGCAUGAACUCUAAACUUAUCUCUAUAAGAUUCAAAAUAACUCGAUUAGUAACAAGAUCAUCUGCCCUUAGAUGUUUUUGAAAUUGUGCGCUACAUGGGAUUUAUAAUUAGUAUUUUCACAUCUCCCUUCGCAGAUUAACUGGCGUUAUUGUGUAUUACGUACGUACAUACAGGUGAACAAUGUUUACUUAUUUUGACCUAAGAUGUUAAUUAAUUUGCUAAGUUACAUUUUUUGGAUCCCUACAAUGUAGGUUAAAAUUGUGUUUCGUAAACAUAAAAUCAAUUUUAAUAUUUAAUGAGAUCAUUCCUAUUUUUUUAUUAAGGAGUAUGGUGGUUAGUAUGAUGGUGUUGCCUUAUUCAAAUAAUGUUUUUAAUCGACUACUUUAAAAAAUCUUUUAAUUUUCUUUUAAUAUCAUUACAUAUUGUGCAAAUGAUUUAGUUAUAACAUAUAGAACAGAAAUUAUGAUAAUUUCUUUUUAAAAAGUUAAGUCAGAUCGGAAUGUCCAGAUGGCAUGUGAAAAGUUACUAUGACGCUUAAGUUAGUAACUUUGGUUUAUCAAUUGUUUUGGCAUUGUUUAAUAAGUUGUAAAUAUUGUACAAAUUAUGCCUAAUAAAGUUAUUAUCAUUUUAAAUCAUAA